AUGGCUUCUACUACCAAGCGUGCCGAUUUUGAGGCCAUCUUCCCUUCACUGGCCGAGGAUAUCCUGGCUCAUGCGAAGCGGUACAACCUCCCCGCCAAUGCCUUGGAGUGGUUUGAAAAGUCCCUGAACGUCAAUGUCCCCGGUGGCAAGCUCAACCGCGGUCUGUCCGUACCCGACACCGGCCUCGCCCUCCUGAAGAAACCCCUGACCGACGAGCAAUUCGAACAUCUGAGCAUCCUGGGCUGGCUCACCGAGCUCCUGCAGGCCUUCUUCCUGGUCAGCGAUGAUCUGAUGGAUAGCUCCAUCACCCGUCGUGGUCAGCCCUGCUGGUACCGCCACGAGGGUGUCAACCUGAUCGCCAUUAACGAUGCCUUCAUGCUGGAGUCGGCCAUCUACCUUGUUCUGAAGCAGCGCUUCCGCUCCCACCCCGCCUACAUCGACAUUGUCGAGCUCUUCCACGAGACCACAUGGCAGACUGAGCUGGGUCAGCUGUGCGAUCUGAUCACCGCCCCCGAGGACAACGUCAACCUGGACAACUUCUCCAUGGAGAAGUACAUGUUCAUCGUCACCUACAAGACCGCCUACUACAGCUUCUACCUGCCCGUCGCUCUGGCCUUGAUCUACCUUCAGCGUGCCACUCCGGAGAACCUCAAGCAGGCUCAUGACAUCCUGAUCCCUCUGGGCCAAUACUUCCAGAUCCAGGACGACUACCUUGACAACUUCGGUGACCCCGCUUUCAUUGGCAAGAUCGGCACCGAUAUCCAGGACAACAAGUGCUCGUGGUUGGUCAACCAGGCUAUCCCCCGCUGCACACCUGAGCAGCGUAAGGUCCUGGAUGACAACUACGGCCGCAAGAACUCCGAGCAGGAGGCCAAGGUCAAGAAGGUCUUUGAGGAGCUCCAGCUGGAGACUCUGUACAAGGAGUACGAGGAGAAGGUUGUUGGAGAGCUCCGCACCAAGAUUGCGGCUGUUGACGAGUCCUCGGGCCUGCAGAAGGAGGUCUUCGAGGCCUUCCUGGCUAAGAUCUAUAAGCGAACCAAAUAG